UCCCAGGGAAAGCAGAGGCUGUUGCGGCACCGAAAGCAUUCAGUUUCUUCAGGACUGCUUGUGAAUGGCGCGUGAGGUCCAGUGAUGCCCACGCUGAUCAGAAGUCUGGAAUUUCUCCCCCGGAAUGCCUCAGCUGACCCCAGCAGAAGCCAAGUCACAGGGGUGGCCCCGCACCUCUCCGUGAGUUGAUAUGCAAAAUAGUUACGUCAGCUGUGGGGGCGGGGCACGCCCGGUUGAGUGGCAGCAGCUCUUGCUUAGGGAGGAGGUGCUAGAAUCAGCCUGGUUCAGUGACUGAGACAAACCUGGAGGUGAGAGGAACUGGUGCUGUCCGCUGUGCUGUGGGUGCUGAACCUGGGACGCGAGCAGACCAGUUGCUCAGGCAUCUCGAGGCAACGCCCUCUUGCACCCUCUGUGCCCUGCCGGACCGCUUCGCCAGCAGGACUAUAUCAACUUGACAAAGGAGUGUGGUAGCGGACAUGGGAGAGAGUCCUCUCUUUGCCACCUGGGCGCUCAUUCAGGCGUGACUUUGGAGAUUUCUAUAGUUUUAGACCAAACUAUUUUCAUCUUUUCCCAGCUAAGAGGAUCUUUUUAGUUUUUUUUAAUUAUUAUUUUUAUUGUUAUUUCUAUUUCCACACCUUUUAGGGAUCUUUCUGGGAGACUUUUUUUGACUGUUAAAAUAAGGUGAAAAGCAAAAAGGAUGUUUAAGUACUGGCCAGCUGUUUUGUUUCUUGGAUUCAUUUUUUUGGAGUCAGAAGGAAGGCCAAGCAAAGAAGUAGGAUAUGGCCUUAAGUCUUAUCAACCUCUAAUAAGACUGCGACACAAGCAGGAAAAAAGUCAAGAAAGUUCAAGAAUCAAAGGAUUCCAUAUUCAGGAAGGCCCUUUGGUAUCUUGCGAAAAUAAAUACUGUGGUUUGGGAAGGCACUGUGUUAUCAGCAGAGAGACAGGACAAGCAGAAUGUGCCUGCAUGAACCUUUGCAAACGGCACUACAAACCUGUGUGUGGAUCUGAUGGAGAAUUCUAUGCAAACCACUGUGAAGUGCACAGAGCUGCUUGCCUGAAGAAACAAAAGAUCACCAUUGUUCACAAUGAAGACUGCUUCUUCAAAGGAGAUAACUGCAAGGCCACUGAAUACAGCAAGAUGAAAAGCAUGCUUUUAGAUUUACAAAAGCAAAAAUAUAUUACACGAGAAAAUGAAAACCCUAACGAUGAUGACAUAUCUCGGAAGAAGUUGUUGGUGGAUCAAAUGUUUAAAUAUUUUGAUGCUGACAGUAACGGACUUAUAGAUAUGAAUGAACUAACUCAGGUGAUCAAACAGGAAGAACUUGUCAAGGAUCAUUCAGAUUGUACUUUGUAUGAUCUACUGAAAUACGAUGAUUUUAACUCUGACAAGCACCUGGCUCUUGAAGAAUUUUAUAGAAUAUUCCAGGUUAUCCAGUUGAGUCUGCCUGAAGAUCAGAAACUAAGCAUUACAGCGGCAACUGUGGGACAAAGUACUGUUCUGAGCUGUGCAAUUCAGGGAGCCCUGCGACCUCCCAUCAUCUGGAAGAGGAACAAUAUUAUUCUAAAUAACUUAGAUUUGGAAGACAUCAAUGACUUUGGAGAUGAUGGAUCCUUGUAUAUUACUAAGGUUACCACAACUCACAUGGGCAAUUACACCUGCUAUGCAGAUGGCUAUGAACAAGUCUAUCAGACUCACAUCUUUCAAGUGAAUGUUCCUCCGGUGAUCCGGGUAUACCCAGAGAGUCAGGCCAGAGAGCCAGGGGUAACUGCAAGUCUGCGAUGCCAUGCAGAAGGCAUACCCAGCCCCCAGCUGGGCUGGCUGAAGAACGGAAUUGAUAUUACACCAAAGCUGUCCAAGCAACUCACACUGCAAGCAAAUGGCAGUGAGGUUCACAUAAGCAAUGUGCGCUAUGAAGAUACCGGAGCAUACACUUGUAUUGCAAAGAAUGAAGCAGGAGUGGAUGAGGACAUCUCUUCUCUUUUUGUAGAAGAUUCUGCUAGAAAGACCCUAGCUAACAUAUUAUGGAGAGAAGAAGGUCUGGGAAUUGGAAACAUGUUCUAUGUUUUCUAUGAAGAUGGAAUCAAAGUGAUACAACCCAUAGAGUGUGAAUUUCAGAGGCACAUUAAGCCUAGUGAAAAGCUCCUUGGAUUUCAGGAUGAAGUCUGUCCCGAAGCUGGAGGAGAUGAAGUUCAGAAGUGUGUGUGGGCCUCGGCGGUUAAUGUCAAAGACAAGUUCAUUUAUGUUGCACAGCCAACCUUGGACAGAGUCCUAAUUGUUGAUGUGCAGUCCCAAAAGGUUGUGCAGGCAGUAAGCACAGACCCUGUCCCAGUUAAAUUACACUAUGACAGAUCCCACGAUCAGGUCUGGGUGCUAAGCUGGGGUACCUUGGAAAAGACUUCUCCAACACUUCAGGUAAUAACCCUGGCCAGUGGGAAUGUGCCUCACCACACCAUCCACACCCAGCCCGUGGGAAAGCAGUUUGACCGAGUGGACGACUUUUUCAUUCCCACUACCACACUCCUCAUCACCCACAUGAGGUUUGGAUUUAUUCUUCAUAAAGAUGAAGCUGCGCUACAAAAAAUUGACCUUGAGACCAUGUCAUACAUCAAGACAAUUAACUUGAAGAUUUAUAAGUGUGUUCCUCAAUCGCUGGCAUAUACACACCUGGGAGGAUACUACUUCGUUGGCUGCAAGCCAGACAGCACCGGAGCAAUUCCGCCACAGCUCAUAGUGGACAGUGUAACCGACUCAGUCAUUGGAUUCAAUAGUGAUGUGACGGGCACUCCCUAUGUGUCUCCAGAUGGACACUAUCUUGUCAGCAUUAAUGACGUGAAAGGUCUUGUGAGGGUCCAGUACAUUACCAUCAGAGGCGAAAUCCAGGAGGCUUUUGAUAUUCACACGAAUCUGCACAUAUCUGACCUGGCCUUUCAGCCGUCCUUUACAGAAGCCCAUCAGUACAACAUCUACGGGAGCUCCGGCACUCAGACAGACGUCCUCUUUGUGGAGCUCUCCUCUGGAAAGGUCAAGAUGAUAAAGAGCCUGAAGGAGCCACUCAAGGCCGAAGAGUGGCCCUGGAACCGGAAGAACAGGCAAAUCCAGGACAGUGGCUUGUUUGGGCAAUACCUGAUGACACCUUCCAAGGACUCUCUCUUUAUACUAGAUGGACGACUCAAUAAGCUAAACUGUGAGAUCACUGAAGUUGGAAAAGGAAAUACAGUUAUUUGGGUUGGAGAUGCCUAGGAGCCCUAUUAGAUAAUUAUUGAAUGAAGAGUUUUCCAGUACAUUGCACUUAAGUCAUUGUUUAAAUUUACAGUUUAAUUUUUUCAAGUUUAUCUCCUACUCAUACUCAAGUUAACUCGAUUGUCCCAAACAAAAUGGAUUUUUUUUUUGGGGGGGGGGAAUACACAAUUAGUCAUAUCAGUUGAUUAGAAAUUUUUAACACAUUAUUUAAUAAGAAAAUAUAUUAAUCACAAGACUCAAAUCUAUGAUUAUGUUUUAAGCCAACAAAAUAGGAAUUUAACUACUUAAAAAAAUAACUCAACUGCAGGGAAUUUCAAAUGACUUUCAGCCCCAUUUUAUGUUAAGGGUGGUUUAUCUGUUUUUCUUCUGUCCUUUUUUGGUAUGCUUAUACCAGAAAUAAAAGGUAUUGGGGAAACUUAAAAUUCUUAAAAUACUCUGUCCCAUUCACUGUUUAAAAUCUUUUGUGCCUUGAGGGAAUGUCACAAGAGGGAAAGGAAGGGUAAAAGCUGCAUACGGAACACUCAUCACUAUAAAUCUCUUGUCAUUAAAAGAGAAAUGUUUAACAUCUCUUGCACUAAAUCCUGCCUUCAGUUAUUUGUUUAAUGGAAUUUCAUUUGGAGGCAAAAGUCAGCCUUAGGUUCUAUACAGGUGACAAAACUCUAUUUGACACUCACUGUAUAAUCUGCAGCUUGCUAUGGAAAAUGGGGAAGGAAGGAGGAAAAAAAAAUCAUUAUGGUAAAAUGUUUGCAAUGUAUUCUCUACUCAUCUUGCUUUCAAUUACUAGAGUGCAUUAUGUUCAUAGUGCAAGUUUGUCUGGGAUGUCAACUGCUUACAAACGUUUAUUAAUAGUAAAAUAGAUUUUUUUUCAUGUAGUCCAGUGUUGCAUCAGCAGGAACUCUCAUUUCUUAAAGAAGAAGCAUUAUUUUUGUCUGCUUAGAGUAAAACAUGUAGGAAAAUUAACACCAGAGAGUAAAAAGCUGGCUAGAGAACUGAUGAAUAUUAGUAUUUUAGGAGAAUUAGUUUAAAAAUUGGAAAUGAGGGGAUAACUCCACAGUGGUGAGUAAAAAUGUAUGUCACCAUUGCCUUUACUAUUUACAUAUAACCCAUCAAAAACUUCAUUCUUUAACAACUUUCCUAAGUGACUUCUGUUAAACUCCUACGUCACCCUUAAAUGACCCACUCACUAAUUCUGUGCUGUAGUUCAGAACCUAACUAAUCUUAUUUGAGGCACUGCAUAGAAGUAAAAAAAUAAAAAUAAAAAAUCCAUUUUUAAAGGUAAAAAUAAGGCCAGUAGAAGUGGAUUAAAACUAGAGAGUUGGUUUAUUGAAAUAAGCAGAUCAUUAUCUAGGCUUAAAGUAAUAGCUUACAUGUUUUGAGAACCUUUUACUUACUUUUGCUUUGUUGCUGCUAAAAAUGCUAAUGGGCUGUUGAAAUGACCUCCAUAUACUGAAGGUAAUCCAAUAAGGUCUUUUUUAAAUACAAAUUUUACUCAAGUUUAAAUUGUGUAAAACUGCUUAGAAACCUGAAAUUUUAUAGUGUGUAAUAUCUUAUGUGUAUAUAGCAUCCUGAACUGUGUGAUACAGUAGAUUUCUUCUUAGCUUAAGGAAACAUUAUGGGAGGUAGAUUUAAUAAACAACAAAAUCAGCUUAUGUUUCUACUUAUCUGCUUUCCUUUCUAGCAAUUUCCUCCCUUGUGAACCUGAACCAUAUUAAGUGUCUGUUCCUAAUGAUUUAAUGUAAGUCUGUCUCACCCAUCCUUCUUUGGUAGCUUACACCAUGUGGAUGCUCCAUCUAUAGACAUUGCUUGAUAAAAGGAGAAUAAACUUCUUACCUUUUAAA